AUGACUGAGUUAUCUUUCUCAAACACUAAGAAUGAGUUCUCUAGUAAUCUAUUCUCUAUCUUCUUCAAAUUUUGUUUCUCCAUUUUUUCUCACCCUCUAUACUUUUCCUACUUCAUCUUCUUCUCCCCUUACCUCCUCAAGCUCUUCUCUUUUCUCUCCCCUUUGUUCAUUACCACAACCCUUCUCCUUGUUGCUCUUCUUACUUUCACUCCCAACCUUGUUCAUGAAAACGGUGGUUCUGAGUUUUCUGAGUCCAAAUGGGGGUUUCCCCUUUCUUUUUUACAAACUUUUCUCACAUGGCUUCUUUCUAAACCUGAUGACAAAGAUGAGGAAAUUGGGUGUCUUGAAGAGCUUGAAGCAUAUCUUGUUAUGUUCCAGGAAGUUUUUGAGCCAAAGCCAGUGGAAGAUUGUUCAGAAGGCUUAAAAGCACUAGAUGGUGAGUGUUCAGGUGAAGAAAGAGAAGAUUUUUAUCCAAUUGAAGAGUCAAAUGUCAACUCAGAUGAAAACCCAUUUGAGGAGGUUGACAAAGUUGAAGCCAUUGUGCCUAUUGCAGAAGUUAAGAGCCUAGAAAGCUUGUUCCAAGAAAAUGCUGUGUUAGAAGAUAUGUCAUGUCAAAGGGAAGAAAAAGAAGUCAAGCCACUUGAUGCUGAAUCCAAUAAAGUUGAAGAAAGUAAAGAAAAAUGGCCCUUGAGAAAUGGAUCCAAAGCCUUGAGUAAUGGAGACAUGUAUACUAAGUGGAACAGUGAUGGAGAAUAUGCUGCAGCGUUGAAUGUUAAAUCCCAAAGACUAUGUUCUGAUCUUGGGAGUCCAGAAAGUAACUGGGAGUACAGUGGAAAAGUUAUGGGGAAUAAUCAAGCACUUUGUUCUAAUCUUGGUAGUUUUGGUUCAAUGAGAGUUGAAAAAGAGUGGAGGAGGACAUUGGCUUGCAAGCUUUUUGAGGAAAGGCACAAUGCAGAUGGAAGUGCUGGAAUGGAUAUGCUUUGGGAAACAUAUGAGACAGAGUCCAACAACAAGGUUCAGAAGAAAAGCAACACCAAGAAAGGGAAGAAAGGUGAGGUUCAGUACAAUGAGGAUGAAGAAGAGGAAGAAGAGGACAUGGAGAGUAAAUUGUGCUGCUUACAAGCUUUGAAAUUCUCAGCUGGGAAGAUGAAUUUAGGAAUGGGAAGGCCUAACCUUCUCAAAUUCUCCAAGGCCCUGAAAGGCAUUGGAUGGUUGCAUCAUGUAGGCAAGCAUGGCAGAAAGAGUAACCACUGAAUUAGAUUUUGCUUUUUUG